AUGUAUCGGAAGUUGUCUAAGUUAGAACACUCGGAAAUAAAACAACUUCUAACAGAAGCUAACAUAGAAGUAGCAAAACAUUACGCAACAAACAAAAAAGCACUCGCUGACUUCAUUAAAGACUAUAAUGGUGCAAUAAGUUAUGAUAGAAUUCAUGAGUUCAUAAAGCCGCAACGCGGCGAGGACGAAGUCCAUGCAAGAGCAUUUCCUUUAAAUGACGUUGCUAUUGACUUAUAUCAUAGACGUUCAGUACCUCAUGAAGUAAGAAGAGAAAUGUUUGACAUAACAAAUGCAAACGUUGGUGAAACGAGAAGAAGAGACGACACACUGAAACAACAGAGAAGAGAGAUGUUUAAGAGCGCUAUAGAACAAGUUCGCAAAGCUAACGAUGUCAUUCGUUCCAUUGACGACAAACCAAAAGAAGGUGAGAGAUGGUUAAAGAAAGAUGAAGAGAAUAGGAAGAGAAAUGUGAAGUCAGGCAAUAGACUCAUUGACUUUAACAUCGAAGCUUUAGAUGAACCAAACAGAGACUACUUACACAAACAUUUCGGUAAGGUUUUCAUGAGACUCUUAGAGAAAAUUAAAAUAAACUCACAACAGAGAUGGAUGGUAUGUUAUAAACUUGGUGGAAAGUAUGAAUGUUCUACGUUAAACCUCAAUAAUAUUGGAACAUUACUACAUCAGCUCUUGAAGGAGAACUUUAUAUCAGAGAUAGAAGCAAAUGCUGCAG